AAUUCCGUCUUACGCCCAACGACAAAGGAAGAGGCCGAGUAUUUCCAGCAAAAAAAUAAAGGAAGAGGCCGAGUCCCGCGGAGAAAAAUAGAACGAGGGAGCUCUCUUUGUACGGGCCAUGGCGCAGGUUCUGACGAAGGUACACGCGCCCUACCAAUCCCUCGGCCGCCCCUCGCUAUCUUCCACGCGGAUCUCUCUCUACGGCUCCCGGGAUGCCUUCCUCGGAAACCCUCACCCUAGAUGGGCGGCUCUCCAGAAGGAGUUGGAGUGCGAGGGCCGCCACUCCAACUUCUUUGGGGGCGGCCGCAAGCAAGAGCAAGCUAGAAAAGCCCUAGAAGGUGCACUUGGUGAGAAGAAAACUGAGUUUGAAAAAUGGAAUAGAGAAAUCGAGCAGAGGCAGGAAAAGGGUGGUGGAGGUGCAUCAGGUCGAGGAGGCUGGUUUGGAGGCGGCGGAUGGUUUGGGUGGUUUGGUGGAGAGCACUUCUGGGAGGAAGCACAGCAAGCAAUCCUUGCUAUCAUAGGCAUUGUUUCCUUGUAUCUCCUGCUAGCAAAGGGCAGUGUGAUGUUUGCUGUUGUCUUCAAUUCACUGCUGUUUGUACUGCGAGGUGCAAGGAAUUGGUUCAUCUUUAUUUCAUCACAUCUAACUGGAAAAGCCGUCGCACCUGUUUCUGGAUCUGGACCCCUGGAUCAAAUGGUAAGCAACACAUACCAGACCCAAGUGUCUGCCAAAGAAAGAGUCGUCCGGAAAUGGGGGACAGAUUAAUAUCAUUAUUAUUUUAUCCUUUAUCAUGGAAGCAACAGUGUUUUUGCCUGCUAAUAGGGUGCAAGGUUACUACUGCUGUGCCAUCGCGGUGGCUGUUACCGGACCCGAUUUGCCGGUGAUUUUGUAAUUGAUAUUCUGUAUGAGAAAAGAACAAGUUCUAUGUUCUAUUGUAGGCUAGAAUUGUGUUUUUGUAUGUGAAGAAUGAUCCCGCAUAUAAGU